GUUUUCCCACCCAAAAGAACCGCCAUUUUCGCAAAGCUCAUUUGAAACAGAAGAUCACCGCUCCCACAGUCAUAAAACGAAAACACCCUAAUCCCUUUUCUUCAUUUUAUUCCUUCGUUCUCUCGUCUGCGACUGCGCACUUUUCAGGUUUGAAAAAUGGCCGGCAAAGGCGGGAAGGGACUUUUGGCAGGGAAGACCACUGCGGCCAACAAGGACAAGGAUAAGAAGAAACCAGUUUCUCGCUCAUCUCGUGCCGGUCUCCAGUUUCCAGUUGGGCGAAUUCAUCGGCAACUCAAAUCACGGACUACUGCCAAUGGGCGGGUUGGGGCCACAGCUGCUGUUUACUCAGCUGCCAUUCUUGAAUAUUUGACAGCUGAGGUACUUGAGCUUGCUGGAAAUGCGAGCAAAGAUCUGAAAGUGAAGAGGAUUACACCCAGGCAUCUGCAGCUGGCCAUUAGAGGGGAUGAGGAGCUUGACACACUCAUCAAAGGAACCAUUGCUGGAGGUGGUGUCAUCCCCCACAUUCACAAAUCCCUCAUUAACAAGUCCACUAAGGAAUGAGUCUGUCUCUGACCGUAAAUGACUAUUUACUAAUGGACAUUGGGCUUGUUUUGCUAGCGUUCUUUGGUAGGGACAAUUUAGGUUGCUCUUUGGUAAUUUGUACUUAGUUUCUUAGAACAUCUAGAUUGGUAUAUAUCCCUAGUGAAACAUUAGUGCUAUUAACUGGUUUUCUGGUUUCGUGUUUUUGAAUUGUGCUUUCUGAAUUUGGGAUAUGAUCUUGUGAAAUUUAUGGUUUGCUCUAGUGGCUGCUAUUGUUGAACUGUUGCUUUCGUGUUUAAAUGACUUGCACUUGCACUUCAACUA